AUGCAUUUCAUAUUGCUUCUCCUCACUCUAACCCUCGGCGCAAUCGCCUCUCAGUCCAUCCUCCCCAGCCCUCCAACCAUCAGCACCUCCAUCGACGCCAACAGCACCGCAGACACCUCCAAAGACCCCAAAUGGCACCCCAAAUGGCACGUCCACAAACAGCCCGUCAAGAUCAACCCUCGUUCCAUGUCAGGCGGCUUCCUCGACAAGUGCAAAGAUGUGCGGUACUACCUCAGCAAGGCCGACGACAACGACUCCAACAAACACGGCGUGCGACAGGGCUACAAGUCGUCGCCGUGGCUCGUGGCUAAAUGUCCGGAUAAGAACGGGAAGUAUCUGUGUACUUGGCUCGAGCUGGGGAAGUGUCUUCUCAACAUUGACGGAGAUCUGCAGCGUGGUCCUAAUGGGAAGUUCCAUGAUUCUUGCACGCAGUGUUGGUUGAGAGGCGGCGGUCGUGAAUUCGGAUGUCGCUGUUGGUCCAAGAUGCCUUCGGGUCGGAUCAAGCUGAGCGAUAUCCAGAACAGGCUGCGCACGACUACUAUAGACCUGAACGUUGCUGUCGCUGCGGAUAAUGGCUACUUGACCUGCCACGGUAACCGAGGUGUUCUUGAUUACUGCACUGGGAGGCGGUCGGAUGAUCCGUUUGCCAAGGAGUGGUCGUGUCCGUCUGGCCAGCUGAGGGAUUGCACGCUUAAUGAUGCCACUUAG